UUGCUUCGACAAAAUAGACAUGUUGUAGCUAAUGUUGAAACCAUCAUAAUGGUUGCGGUUAGAAGCUCGAUUUGUAGUUUUGAUCUAUGCACAGGACUGCACAAUGUGCUCCCUAUACGAGACAGGAAGUUUUGCCUGUGAAGCUCAACGCAGGGAAAAUCGCAUUCUAGCGUUCGUCAGAAGCCAACCAUAUCCGGUCACAAAAUAAACAGCUAUAUGCUGCUUACAGUGAUUUAAUCGAGGAAGUUGGAGCCAUUUUCGCCCGGAAGAAGAGUCACCGGGUUUCACCUAAACUACGGGCUUCUUUUUUAGCUAACCUCCACCAUGACUUCUGCUGUGAGAGAUUCUGCCACUGUGCCUGUCCGAGGCGCUGGCGAUGGCAUGGAAACUGAAAAACCGCCAGCCAUCCUGGAGGUAAACACAGACACACUGCCACCAGAUCUGUCUCCAGUUCCCCCCCUGAAGGUGGCUAGCCCAAAACGCAGCCCGGAAUCUACCCAUCCUGCUCCCCCUGCUGCCCCCCAGCCUCUCGGUGUGCUCCACUUGGGCAAGGUGAGUCGAGAGGCCUGCACAGAGGUGGAGGCUGUGAGGAUUGUUGUCCCGCGUGCUGCUAUUAGCCGGAGCAGCCGUACAGGACCUGCUGAGGAGAAAGGGGAAGCAUGGCAACAUGCUGAAGAGCAGGGCUCUCCCCCGCUGCCUCUGGUGGAGGAUUGGAGAACACAGCUGGAGAAGCUGCAGAAUUCGGAGCGCAGGCUGCUACAGGACAAGGAAGGCCUUUCCAAUCAGCUCCGUGUGCAAACUGAGGUGAACCGUGAGCUAAAGAAACUAUUGGUGGCGUCGGUGGGCGAUGACCUUCAGUACCACUUUGAGCGUAUGGCACGGGAGAAGAACCAGCUGAUUCUGGAGAACGAGGCUCUGGGCCGGAGUCUGGCACACACCGCAGAGCAGCUGGAGCGAAUGAGUAUCCAGUGCGAUGUUUGGAGGAGCAAGUUCCUGGCCAGCAGAGUCAUGGCAGAGGAGCUGACAAAUGCCAGAGCAGCUCUACAGAGACAGACCAGAGAGGCACAAGGUGCAAUUCAGGACCUGCUGUUAGAAAGAGAAGAGUUCUCUGGGGACAUGGUGCUCACUCACAGAUCUCUGGAGCAGCUCCUGGUGUCCCUGCAGUGGGGCAGGCAGCAGACGUACUACCCCAGUGCACAACCCCUCAGCACAAGGGAGCUGGCAGCAGCCAAUCACAAGCUAGCAGACGCCAUCAAUGCCCACCUGCUGGGCAACACCAGCAGCAGUAGCGGCAGCAGCAGCGUGGUGAAGAGCAGCGGUGCAACAGCUGAGCAGCUCUGUAGCACACCGGCUGAGAAGAUGGCUGAGAAGGUGCUGAAGAUUUUAGAUCCAAUUUCCUGUUCAGAAAACAAGAUAGAACCUCCACUCAGUGACUCCACCCCAUCAAAUUUCCUCAGCAAUAAGAAAAGCAUCGGCAGGUUUCACCCCUACACCCGCUAUGAGAACAUUACUUUUAACUGCUGCGAGCGCUGCACAGGAGACAUCCUGGUGCUGUAGAGGUCAAAUGUCCCUGUCUGGCCCCAGUGCAGCAUCAGAGUGUAUUUCAAAUGGUCUGAACAGGAGUGAGUCUUUCGCCUGUGCUACCCAUUUCAGUGCAUAGCACCCCUGAUUGUUGUAAUUACGCAAUUUCAGGUUAUGGUUUUAAACUGUAUCAACCUGCUGUUUAUUUAAUUCUCUUCAAGAAUAUUUAGUUUUUUUUUUGUUUUUUUUCAGGAAUCAUGAUGUUGAUUGCAUUUCAGAGCCAUUGCAGCCUGGUUUAAACCAUGGAAAGUGCUAUAGGAUGUGAGGUCAAGAUGAGUCAGUGUUACAUGGUGAACAGACACUGUAAGGGUGUCUGCUUAUUCAAACUUGACCAUUAGGAUAGUGGGCGUUUAAGUUUUAUUUACAUAUUCACACAACAGAGCAAACAGGUGUCAUGCAUAAGUGUGAGUCUGAGGUAUGCCAGGGUAGCCUGAUGCGGAAAUACCUUCCAGGAAACUAGUUGCACCAUUGUACAUGUAUUGUGACUGUGCAAUAACAAGAAUAAGUGAGCCUCUUACACUGCAGGGGACUCUCAGUUCCUGAUGGUGCUAUUGUAAUUUAAAAACAUCGUAUUAAUGUAAUUUGUAUAUUACGUGCUGUAAAGACAUAUAAUAUACAUUCAGUAUUUUUGAAGUGUAUCACCGGUACUAUAACAGACUAUUAUUAUUAUAAGCCCUGAUAU